ACGACUUCGCCCAUAUUUAAAUCCCCUCCGCUACCUGCCCCGUCAACCACGACACCACUCUCAACCGGAGCUUUCAAAAACAUGAAACUCUUCGGGGUACUACUCUCUCUUGCGGGGCUGCUUUCUGCUGCCCCAACCCCACAAAACAAACACCCGCUCGCUCUGCGGGACGGCGGAAAUCUCACCGCCUGCCCAGGAUAUGCAGCCUCCAAUGUUGUCAAGACAGACUCUUCCUUGACUGCCGACCUCACACUGGCAGGCGAGCCAUGCAACUCGUAUAGCGAGGACAUCAAGAAUCUCAAGUUGCUAGUCGAGUACCAAUCUGUCGACCGUCUUCACGUCAAGAUUUACGAUGCCGACCUCAAGGUAUUCCAGGUUCAGGAGGAGGCUUUCCCGCGGCCAGAAAACGGAAAAACUAACUCAGCUGAUGCCGCACUUGAAUUCAACAUUGUCGAAAAGCCAUUCUCUUUCACCAUCAAGCGGAAAGAGAACGACGAGGUUCUAUUUGACACGUCCAGCAGCCAACUGAUAUUCCAGACCCAGUAUGUCCAACUUCGUACAAGUUUACCAAAGGAUCCUCAUCUGUACGGUCUCGGUGAGCACAGCGAUCCCUUCAAGCUACCUACAGACAACUACCGUCGGUCACUGCUCAAUUCCGAGUCUCCCAACAUCCCCUUCAACUCGAACCUGUAUGGUACUCAUCCAGUAUACUUUGAGCACCGAGGGGGUAAAGGUACUCACGGAGUCUUCCUAUUGAACUCGACUCCUAUGAACAUCUUCAUCCUCCGCGAUGAUGCUGGAAACCAAUCUUUGGAAUACGACACCAUCGGUGGAGUCCUUGACUUCUACUUCUUGGCCGGAAGCAAGCCUCAUGAGGUAUCUAAGCAGUACGCAGAUGUAGCCGGCUACUCAGCCAUGUUCCCAUACUGGACCUUUGGGUUCCACCAGUGCAAGUACGGCUAUUGGGAUGUCAACAUGGUCGCCGAAGUGGUGGGCAACUACUCUACAGCUGGUAUUCCCCUCGAAGUCAUGUGGACCGACAUUGAUUAUAUGGAUUUGCGUCAGGACUUCACUACAGACCCAGAACGCUUCCCUAUCGACAAAAUGCGGGAAUUGGUGAGCACACUCCAUGAGCGAGGGCAACGUUACGUGCUCAUCCUCGACCCUGGCGUUCAUGCUGUGGCGGAACAAGCUUCUUACGCCCGCGGUCACGAACAAGGUGUGUUUCUCAAGGCUGCUGAUGGGAGUGAUUUGCUGGGUGUCCAAUGGCCCGGCAGUGUUGCAUGGCCAGACUGGUUUGCGCCACAAACCACCGAGUGGUGGAUCGAUGAGUUCAGGCGUUUCUUCAACCCGGAAACCGGCAUCAACCUCGAUGGAAUCUGGGUCGACAUGAACGAAGCCAGCAACUUUUGCCCCAAUCCCAACUGCGACCCGUACCCUGAAGGAAACCCUCCGAUUCCCCAGAAUCCCCCUAGACCUAACACUGGACGGCCCAUCCCGGGCUUCCCUGCGAGCUUCCAGCCGACGUCCAACCUGAAAGCGCGUGCAGACACCAAUCAAUCUAAGGGUAUCCCCGGCCGUGAAUGGUUCAACCCAAAGUACUCUGUGUAUAACCACCGUGGCGGUCUAUCCGACUUUACCAUUCCAAUGAACACCACCAACUACGAUGGUACCAAGCAGUACGACACACACAAUAUGUACGGUCACAUGAUGGCUUUGACUACCCACGAUGCGAUGAUCGACCGCCGCCCUGAACUCCGCCCUAUGGUACUCACUCGCUCCACCUUCGCCGGCACCGGUCGCAAAGUUACGCAUUGGUUCGGUGACAACAAAUCCGCAUGGGAAGACUACCGCAUCACUAUCCGCCAGAUGCUUGCGUGGGUUGCUAUGCACCAAAUGCCCAUGGUCGGCAGCGAUGUCUGCGGCUUCAAUGAAAACACCGAAGAGCGACUGUGCGCACGUUGGGCCAUGCUCGGCGCCUUCCAGCCUUUCUACCGCAACCACGCUGAGCAGUCCACUAUCCAGCAGGAGUUUUACCAGUGGCCGCUUGUCACCGAAGCCGCUAAGAAGGCGAUUGACACGCGCUAUAAACUCAUGGACUACAUCUAUACGGCACUCUACUACCAGACCAAGACCGGAAAACCAAUGAUCAACCCACUCUUCUACCUCUACCCCGAAGACGCAAAUACUUUUGCCAUCCAAGAGCAGUGGUUCUACGGCGAUGCUCUGCUCAUCUCCCCUGUCACGACCGACUACUCGACCGAGGUGACAUACUACCUCCCCAACGAUACAUUCUACGACUACUGGACCGGCUCGAAGAUCCAGGGUCAAGGCGCAAAUGUAACCGAAACAAACGUCAACUACACCUCGAUCCCCAUCCACAUCCGCGCAGGCACAAUCAUUCCAACUCGUCUGCACUCUGCAAACACAACCGCCGAACUCCGCAAACAGCCCUUCACAAUCAUUAUCGCGCCCUCGGACGCCGGAAAAGCUACAGGCCGUCUCUACCUCGACGAGGGCGAGAAAAUCGCGCAGCCUGAUGUCAGCGAGAUCGACUUCUCAUUCGACGGCGGAAAGUUAUCCGUCGAUGGCAGCUUCGGAUAUAAGGGCGAUGGAGGAGAGAGCAUCACAGUUGAGAGGGUCGUUGUGCUUGGUCAGGAAAAGGAAGGUAAGGUUGGAACAUGGGAUGAGGGGAGGAAAGAGGUUGUUGUCGAGGGUGAGUGGAGGUUUGAUGGUGCUUGGGGGUUUGAGCUCUAGGGCUCGCGAUUGCACCGACGACGUUUCUUUCCAUCUCUCUAUCUGCAUAUUUCUUGCAUGGAUGAGCGUUUUUCAUUUCCAGUUACAUGGUCAGCGAAUUUCAAGAUCAGUUCGUUUAGAUGAUGGGGCGUAAGGCUGGCUGUGUUCGCAUUGUCAGAUCCCCCAUUUGCAUGAAAUUCCACGAAUUACAACUUCUUCUUCUCUCUCUCUUUCUUCCAAAGUAUGAUGUCCGUCAGGAUAAUGUUGAUUCUGUGUGUUAUUUCACGCCAGGACUAUUCGACCAUCCUUUUUUCCCCUUGAAGAAGUAACAUGGACAAUCAAUUCUCUUCGUGAGUGUGCCUCAAUCUGACGGCGCAAAGAGGGGGGUGGGGAGGAUACAUGUAUACAUGUACCUCUACACGGCUCAAGGCAGCGGACGAGCUAAUGCAAGAUCAUGUACGGUAGAUCAUCCAUCCAUCCAUUCAUUCAAGAACCCUUGUCCCCUGUCUUUCAUGCACCACAUGACCUCUCGCAUCUUUCUCUCCUUCGCUUCCUCUAAAAUGAGUUGACAUUCUAGAACGACAUAAUGAAGACUACAACACCGCGAAAUAUUCAACUACGAAUUCUAUUCCGCACUAAUUCCAAUGAAGGUGUUCUGUGUACAUAAUGGAAAAAGCUAAGGGUACAUAACAAGCCUCGCCGCUCGACUCAAGUCACCGCAAAAUCGCUAACAGAGGUUUUUUCUUCUUCUUUGCGUCGCGUGCCGUUGUCUACCUCGUGACUGUACCCACUACCUACUCAUGACCAUCAUGUAUCCAACAUUAGUUUCGAGCGGUUUAGCCGCGAGGUUCGCGCGUGUUUCGUUCGUCUCGAGGCUCGCAUUGAAUACGCACGUA